AUGACCAAGAUCCUGGGCGUUGCAUUGCUGGCCUCGGUCUUGGCUACUGAUAAUAUCAGUGAAAAUAACCAGGGAAAUGUUGGCGGACACUCCCACCAGUCUGUGAACAUCGACCAAAAUAAGAAGGUGGUGAACGUUGACAACAACAAUGGUUGGCACUCCUGGAACACCGUCUGGGAUUACCGCACCGGCUAUGUGGCGAUGAGGAUACUGUCCAAGAAAAGAUGCGUCGUUACCAAGAUGAAUCCAAGGGUCAUGCCGGACAUCACAGUCCUUCCACAAGCUAUCAGAGAGAAGCAGAAAGAUCUUACCAAGGCACCCGCCCGCAAAGAAGUCACUUACAUGAUUUCCCCCAAGCGGAUUGCCGACCUGACCCCCUACGGGAAGAAUAUCGACGCCUUGUGCAGAGGGAUCCCAACCUACGCUGCCGAAGAAGUUCACAAGCCAGGAUUUUGGUACUCCUCGGCCUCCUGUUUCAAUGCCGACAUCCUCCUCCUGCUCUCCUUCAACUACUGUGGAGAAUCUAGCGGAUGGUACUGA